AUGGCCACCGAACAGCCUCAACGGGUUCCCCUGAGGGAGCGCAGGCCUUCGACGUCGGCUCCGAUUGUAGAUAUUGUCGGUUCCGUCGGCCCUGAAGGAAUAUCUCGGCCGAAGCACAAGAGAACCUAUACUGGCUUUGGUGCCAACGAUGCUCAGAAUGUGGAAGCGUCCAUCCCCGAACCUCAGCGAGAGGCUUGGACCAAGCAUCAAGUACAGGGUUUCACAGACAAGGACGGGUUCGAGAAAGAGGUUGUCCGUCAUGUUGAAACCACACUCGCUCGCAGCUUGUACAACUGUGACGAGGGCGCUGCCUAUUCGGCUGCCGCACUAGCCUUCCGUGAUCGCCUCAUCACGAACUGGAACAAGACGCAGCAGCGUCAGACUUUUGCUGACAGCAAGCGUGUUUACUACCUCAGUCUCGAGUUCCUAAUGGGUCGUGCCAUGGACAAUGCCAUGUUGAAUCUUGGCCUAAAGAAUGUGGCAAAAGAUGGCAUGCAGGAUCUCGGUUUCCGUAUCGAGGAUAUCAUCGGACAGGAGCACGACGCUGCUCUUGGUAACGGCGGUCUCGGUCGCUUGGCUGCAUGUUUCCUCGACAGUCUUGCAUCCCUCGACUAUCCCGCUUGGGGCUACGGUCUGCGAUACAGAUAUGGUAUCUUCAAGCAGGAAAUCAUCAAUGGCUACCAAGUCGAGGUUCCAGACUAUUGGUUGGACUUCAACCCAUGGGAAUUCCCCCGCCACGAUGUCACAGUGGAUAUACAAUUCUACGGCAAUGUCCGCAAAUCACAGGAUGAAAAUGGCAAGUCCGUCGCUCAUUGGGAGGGAGGCGAGAUCGUCACGGCCGUCGCCUACGAUGUUCCGAUUCCAGGCUAUGCAACUCCAUCCACCAACAAUUUGCGGCUCUGGUCCAGCAAGGCUUCCAGUGGCGAGUUCGACUUUCAAAAAUUCAACAAUGGAGACUAUGAGAGUUCGGUCGCCGACCAGCAGAGAGCCGAGACCAUCAGCGCAGUCCUAUACCCCAAUGACAACCUCGAGCGGGGCAAGGAGUUGCGCCUCAAGCAGCAAUACUUUUGGGUAGCAGCCUCUCUGCACGACAUUGUACGCAGAUUCAAAAAGUCAAAGCGCGCUUGGAAGGAAUUUCCGGAUCAGGUUGCUAUCCAGCUAAAUGAUACGCACCCAACGUUGGCCAUUGUUGAACUCCAGAGAAUCUUGGUCGACAAGGAGAACCUCGAAUGGGAUGAGGCCUGGGAGAUUGUCACGUCCACUUUUGGCUACACAAACCACACCGUUCUUCCAGAAGCUCUGGAGAAAUGGUCAGUUGGCUUGUUCCAACACCUACUCCCGCGCCAUCUGCAAAUCAUUUAUGACAUUAAUCUGUUCUUCCUCCAGAGCGUAGAGAAGAAAUUCCCCAAAGAUCACGACUUGCUUUCAAGAGUGUCCAUCAUUGAGGAGUCACAAGUCAAGAUGGUUCGCAUGGCAUAUCUUGCAAUCAUUGGAUCACACAAGGUCAAUGGUGUCGCUGAACUCCACUCUGAUCUUAUCCAAACAACCAUUUUCCGAGACUUUGUCACCAUCUUUGGCGCUGACAAGUUCACAAAUGUAACAAAUGGCAUCACUCCGCGAAGAUGGCUGCACCAAGCGAACCCAAGAUUGUCAGAGUUGAUUGCAAGCAAGACUGGCGGCUAUGAUUUCCUCAAGGACCUCACCCUUCUCAACCAGAUUGAGCAGUACGCAGGAGACAAGGAAUUCAGAAAAGAAUGGGCCGAGAUCAAGUACGCCAACAAGGUUCGCUUGGCAAAGUACAUCAAGAGUACCCUGGACGUCACGGUCAACCCGGCAGCACUCUUUGAUGUACAAGUCAAGAGAAUCCACGAGUACAAGCGCCAACAACUCAACAUCUUUGGCGUCAUUCACCGCUACCUAGCACUAAAGGCCAUGAGUCCGGAAGAGAGAAAGAAGCAGCUUCCACGUGUCUCCAUAUUUGGUGGAAAGGCAGCUCCCGGAUACUGGAUGGCAAAGCAGAUCAUUCACUUGAUCAACAAUGUCGGCGCCGUUGUCAACAAUGACCCUGAUAUCGGUGACCAGCUCAAGGUCAUCUUCCUGGAGGACUACAAUGUCAGCAAGGCCGAGAUGAUUAUUCCUGCCAACGAUAUCAGUGAACACAUUUCAACUGCAGGUACAGAGGCCUCUGGCACCAGCAACAUGAAGUUUGUUCUGAAUGGUGGUCUCAUCAUUGGUACCUGCGAUGGUGCAAAUAUUGAAAUCACCCGCGAAGUUGGCCAGGAGAAUAUCUUCCUCUUUGGCACCUUGUCUGAGGAUGUCGAGGAUUUACGACACCAACACAACUAUAGCAAUCACUCGAUAGACUCAAACCUUUCCAAGGUGUUUGAAGCAAUCCAGAGCGGCAAGUUCGGUGAGCCCAAUGACUUUGGUGCCAUGAUAUCUGCCGUCCGCGACCAUGGUGACUACUACUUGGUGUCGGACGAUUUCGAGAGUUAUCUUGAUACCCAGAAGAUGGUGGACACGGAGUAUCGCAACCAGGAUGAGUGGAUUGCCAAGUGCAUCCGCAGCGUCGCCAGAAUGGGCUUCUUCAGCUCUGACAGAUGCAUCAAUGAAUACGCCGAGGGUAUCUGGAACGUGGAACCACUGGUUGUCAAGAACUGA